AUGCCUUUCAACAUCAUAAUUUUGUUACUCUUCUUCAUCGGCUUCCUCCAUUCUUCUUCUGCUCAAGUCAUAGGUCGUAAUUCUCUUCACCCUCAAUGCUCCACCCACCACAAUUUCACCGCCAAUAGCACCUUCGACUUUAACCUCAACACCCUCUUUUCUUCCUUAACUUCCAACGAAACCGCCCACCUCGACUUCUACAACACCACCGUUGACGGCGGUGGCGAGACCAUAUACGGCCUCUUCAUGUGCCGGGGUGACGUCAACCAAGACGCAUGCCACCAGUGCGUCGUUGACUCAACGGCAGAGUUAGCUUACUAUUGCAGAUUUUCGAAGGCGGCCGUAAACUGGCUUGACCCGUGCUUGGUUCGCUAUUCUCAGCACAACUUCUUCUCCACCGUCGAUAGAAAGCCUAAACUGAAAAUGUUGAACACUAACAAUGUCUCGAACCAGGCAGGAUUCAUGAACGUAUUGAUGACUGUUAUGAACCUGACGGCAGAUGAAGCGGCGAAGCCUGCUUUGAUGAAAAAGAAGUCGGCGACGAAAGCGGUGGUGGUAGAUAUUCAAACUCUGUAUGUGAUGGUUCAGUGCACGCCGGACCUUUCGCCGGGAGAUUGCAGAACCUGUCUGCGUGGUGUGAUCGGGAACCUUCCAUGGUGUUGUGAGGGCAAGAUCGGAGGAAGAGUGGCAUAUCCAAGUUGCUUCGCUCGCUAUGAGCUGUAUAUGUUCUUUAAUUCUUCUACGCCUCUCCGGCCAGUAAGGCUGCCCCCUCCGCCUCCGCCUCCUCCUCCGGCUCCAUUAACUCCUCCAACUCCUUCAGAUGGUAAGCUUAAUGAUCUAGCCAGGUUUAUUUGUCUAGUUGGAAGCGAAAGCAACACUUUAGAGCCUCUGCAAUUCAGUUUGGCUACGAUUGAAGCCGCGACAAAUAAGUUUUCACAGGAAAAUUGUUUAGGUCAGGGUGGAUUUGGACAAGUUUACAAGGGCAUUCUUUCAAAUGGUCAAGAAAUAGCUGUAAAAAGACUUUCAAAAAGUUCUGGCCAGGGAGUAGAAGAAUUUAAGAACGAGGUUUUAUUAAUAGCCAGACUCCAGCAUAGAAAUUUGGUGGCCUUGCUAGGAUUUUGCAUAGAAGGGCAAGAGAAAAUUCUCAUUUAUGAAUAUGUUCCCAACAAAAGUCUUGAUUAUUUUCUAUUUGGUUCUCAAAAAAUCAAAGUACUAAAUUGGGAGGAACGAUGUAAAAUUAUAGGAGGAGUUGCUCGAGGAAUUCUUUACCUUCAUGAUUAUGCUCGAGUUAAGAUUAUACAUCGUGAUCUCAAGACAAGCAAUAUUUUGUUAGAUAAUGAAAUGAACCCAAAAAUUUCAGAUUUUGGCAUGGCCAAGAUGGUUGGAAUCCAUGAAAUUGAGGAAAGUACGAGUAACAUUGUUGGAACCUAUGGUUAUAUGUCUCCGGAAUAUGCAAUGUUUGGACAAUAUUCUGAAAAAUCAGAUGUUUUUAGCUUUGGAGUAAUAGUAUUAGAAAUGAUCAGUGGAAGGAAGAUCACAAGCUCUCAAGAUCAAUCUCAUGGCCUCCUAAACUAUGCUUGGAAUCAAUGGAAGGAAGAAAAGAUAUUAGAUGUAUUGGAUUCAAGUCUAAAUGAACCUGAAUCGUUGAAUGAAGUGGACAAGUGCAUCCAAAUCGGGUUGUUAUGUGUUCAAGAAAAUCCGGAAGCAAGGCCUUCUAUGGCUACAGUUGUUUCAUAUCUUAGCAAUGAUUCAAUUCAAUUGCCAUUUCCACAAGAACCUGCAUUCUUUCUGGAGGGCCAAAUGGAGCUUAAUACCGACAGUAAAGAAUCAAUUAAUGAAAUGUCUAUAAGUGAAUUCUAUCCUCGGUAGU